GUGCUGUUGACGGUUCAUGACGUGAUAGUACGCUGUAGCUGAUGGCGGCCGCAAAGGAGCGGGAAGACGUUGAAGUGCGGGUGGACAUCGUACCUGAUGGCGGUGGCGUAGAGGAGGGUGCCGGAGGGAUUGAUGAUGAAGAUGCCCUCCGCUCGCUGUUUGAGGCCUCCAAUGGCGUCUAUUGGGCAGCACAGGAGGAUGACGCGAGCCUCCUGCUGCCCAUUAUGGUCGUCAAGUACGACACACCGUCCUCUUUCUCUGGUCUCCGCCCCCCCGACUCAUCCGAGAUGGAGAAGGGAGCCUUCGGAUACGGCAUCUACUCGUUCCAUCAGGAGAAAUAGUAGGCCAAACACGGUGCAAUGCAAUCUGCAAUCCUCUCCACAUGUGGUGCAUGGAUUUGCUCAGCGAGGAUCCGAGGUUCUUCCGUCUGUCGUCGUGUAGAGACUUUGCCGAGGGGUAUGACGCCUUGAGCGGCCAAUACGUGCAGGUAUGUAUGGUGCACACAUGCACAUACGCCGUACACAAACACCAGUGUGCCCUUGAGUUUGCUUCAACGCAGAGCCCCAAGCUUGCCUCUUCCCAGUCCGAGCGCCAGGCGCUGCUGUGCGAGGUGCAGGCCCGUCGGCAGGGAGUGGUGAUCAGCCGCGGCGUCUCACCACCCGCCGAGCAGGAGGGGGAUGGCGAGAGGGCCGAGGGUGGCGGCGAUGACGACGAUCCGAUGGAUGUCGACCUGGGGGGCGGGCAGGAUGGCGACGAUCCAGGUGACGAGGACUUCGAGGCCGACGAUGACGAGGAUGAUGACCUCGAGGAGCGCGAGGAAGACGAUGUCGAGAGGCGGAAGAGGUGGGGCAACGGACAAUGAUGUGUAUGGCUGACAGGCAGCCGUUGAUGUGUUUCUCCGUGUUCAGCGACCGUCUGCAGAAGAAGCGCGAGCAGCAGCGGAUAGCGGAUAGUGAGUCCAACAUGCAGUCGGCAGGGAAAUCGCAGGCCAGUGGGCGGUACCGGCUCCGCAGUCAGAGGCCCGCCCCUGCCCCCGACCACGACUCCCUGGACUCGCGCAAGCCGCCCACCAAGCGCAAGAACCCCUCGCGUGCUGCCCGCAAGGGCGGCCGCAGGAACAUGCGGCGGGGCACUGAUCCAGAUGACGAUGAGGUGGGUCCAUCUGAUGCACAGGGAGAGGGGAUGGCAUUCAUUGUGUCUGUGUGUGACGGUAUGUGUGUGGUCAUGCAGGCGUGGGAGGCCGACGGUGACGAGGAUGAGGAGGACGGGGCUGACGAGGGUGCGUACGUGGGUCGGUCGCGGGGCGGGCGGUCCAGGGGGGCCAAACCCAAGAAGGAAGACGAUGACAAUGAGUUUGAGGUGCAGGUGAGGGCACACGCGCACAAACCCCCAGCAACCCCGCCGCACACACACAAAGGGUGGAGCCCGUUGGUCUGUUGGUCUAACACGUCUGUAUAUGUAUGUAUGCAGGAUAUCUUGAGUUGCAAGCGCCAGGCCGACGGCUCGUAUCGCUGGGAAGUCCAAUGGGUGGGUAGGAGAAACAACCGGCUAACCAGCCAGCCACUCAGCACCUCCGCUCCCACAUGUCCGUCCGCUUAUCCAUCCGCCUUGGCUGUGUGUGUGUUGGCCGUACACAGGUCAACGGCGACGUCACAUUUGAGCGUCGGGAGAACAUGUGCCACCCCAAUUUGAAGCGUCAAUGUGACAAACUCCGAGAUGACCUUCGCAGACGAGAGGCCGAUGAGGCGGUAUACAGUCAAACACCACACAUACACGUCAUGGCAUACGGACACCUGGAUAAACAAUGUGUCUCUUUGCACUGUGCUGGGUGUUGCAGAAGGGCCACCCCGCGGCCUCCUGCGACCCCCAGGACUUCAAAGUGGUCGAAGGAUUCUCAAUCAAGGCACGCACACGGAAACAACACCCACUGAUCACGCACACGGAAACAACACCCACUGAUGGCUUCGCACUCUCCAUCUCUUCGCCCGUGAUGGAUGCCCCUUUCUCUGUCUGUGUCUGUGUGCAGGCUUGGCGGCUGCCUGGCGGUGCGCAGGAGAUCACGGAGGGCGUAAGGCCCGAGUAUCUUCUGCUGCAGAAGGGCAGAUCGUACCGGUAAGCGCGUUUCCGUGUGGAUUUGCACACAGCACUGAGUGAGGUCUUGUUUGCAUAUGUCUGUGUGUGGUGGUGAUAUGGGUCGCUCAGUGAGGUCGAGUGGGUCGGCGAGGAGGAUCUGCUCAAGUGGUCGACCACGAACAACCCCCAGAGCAGCGCAUACGCAAAGGCACACCUGACGGCGUGGAAGAAAAAGGACAUCCCCUUCGGCCUGGACCGUACGGACACACAGACACGCACAAGGGCACGGACGGACUCGCCUGCUCAUUCGCUUCUCGCCUGUGUUGGUGUGUGCGUGUGGAUGUGCAGCCCAGCAGGAGACGGAGAUGGAGUUGUUUCGGCAAAUCGACACCAUCAUCUGCUGCAGACGCUCACUGGUACGGUUACGGUCAUUGCGGGGCUCUCUUUCUUUUGCACUCACAAUGUGGUCAUGUCAUACCUCCUCCGUCUUCUUUUCUGCAGCAUGAUCCCGACAGCAAGGAGUACUUCGUCAAGGUGAGAUCGGCAGGAAAACGACGUUCCAUUGAUAAGACGAUGGGUCGACUGUGUCGAUUAUGCUCUCCUCUCUACGUGUAUUGUGCAGUGGCGUCACCUCUCCGUGUCGAAUGCCACCUGGGUGAGCGAGUGCAAUAUCCAAAUAGAUGUUUGUGGGUGGGUAUGCCUGGCACAUGUCGGGGUGUGCAUCAGGAGGACCUCUCGGCCCUGACGUCGCCCGAGGACCAAGAGGCCAUCGACAGGUACAGAACCAGCCACAGGGAGGGAGAAAGGGAGGGAGAGAGGGAUGCCAUGACUAUACCUUCAUUUCUUUCUGUUUUGUGUCAGGUUUGAGUUUCAUAAUGAUCACAGGAGGGCGGGCUCCUUCGAGCAGUUCCUCGAGCGGCGGGGCAUCAGCAGGUCGGACAGGCCGCACGCACGCACACAAAGAAUGCCACACAGUACACACAUGCCCACUGGCGUCCAUACGUGUCUCUUUGUUUCUAUGUCGGGCAGGUCCGACUAUGACCGACUGACGCAGUGCAACACCCAGGCCAUCCGGCAGCGGCUCGCGGAGCUGCAGGAGGCCAUCAACAACCCACAGCCGACCGAGGGAGCAGCAGCAGCAGCAGCAGCAUCGGGUGCGGCGAUGGACAUAGACGAUCCCCCUGUGGAUGGGGAGCAAGGCACGGAUGGUUCAGGAGGGGCAGGCCCUGCUGCCGCGGCGGCCGCGGCUGCAGCAGCAGGGGUGGACGGUGGCGAGGGCAGUAGCAGUAGUGGUAAUGGUGGCGGUGGUGACGGUGAGAAGGAGCUGACCGCAGAGGAGGAGGAGGCGUCGAAGCUGCAGGACAUUGAGACGAUACUCACCAGCGACGACAAGGAGAAGGCCAGCGCAUACUGGACGGUCAGGCAAAUGCAUCGACAGACAGACAGACAGACAGACGUACAGAUGGCAGGAAGCCACCCACUGCAUACGCAUGCACAUGUGUGUGCUGUUUGCCGCAGGGGUGCAAGCGCCUCAUUCUGCCCGACGGCACCUACCUCCCAUCACUGGUGCGGUUCAACACAUACAUAUACAGAGAGGGAAUGAAGGAGCCGUACGUGUGGGUGUACGGGCGCUGUCUGUUGUCCUUCAGUACGAUUGGCGGAGUCAGGGGCUGCUGGAUCCCUCCUCGGCGACCGACGGAGAGGAUGAUCGUGUCAGCGCCCGACACAAGCGGUUGUUCCCACACCAGUUGGAAGGCAUCCAAUUGAUUCUCUACAACGCAUCGUCGGUAAGCCAAGGACACACAGGCUGAUGCGAUGCAUUCAUUCAUUCAAAGGAGGGAGGAAAUCAUGUCCGUCCGUCUGUAUGCGUGGAUGUUGUGUGCAGGGGCGGGGCACCAUCCUUGGAGACGAGAUGGUCGACACAGGACCGCCUCCUUCUGUGUCCUUAUGCGUCUAUGUGUGUGUCAGGGUCUCGGCAAGACAGCCCAGAGCAUCGUUGCGUUGGAGCAGAUUCUGCAUGCGGCACGCCAGCCGCCCUCCCGCGGCCGUGGCAACGCUGCAGCCGCCCGCAAGCUGCGCGCCGCCCACGCCCUGGUGGUGGUGCCGCUGGCCACGCUCGAGAACUGGCGUCGCGAGUUCGAUAUGUGGGCCCCGCACCUCAUGGUCCUUUCACUCAGGGGUACGUGAGUCGAUAUUCAGUGUCAAGGGCAGGUGUGGGUGCAUGUGGCUUCGUGUGUGUGUGUGCCAGAUAACAGAGAGGAUCGCAGGGUGCUGCACGAGGUGGCGAUGCAGUGGGUGGAGCCCAACACCGGGGAGGCGAUCGACGUGAGCCAGCGGGAGGAGAAAGGCGGCAAGGUCAUGAAGCCUGACGUCAUUCUGACCACAUAUGAGACACUUGCCAUGAAGGACGUCAAGCCCUACCUCCGCCACCCGCUCUACGCUGAGACGCAGAUCCCCUUCGCCAUCACCGUGCUCGACGAAGUGCAAAAAGUCAAGGUCGGCACACAAACAAGAGAGGAACAGUGCGCAUGAGAACAUGUGUGUGGAUGUCGUGUCGUCUUGUCUUGCAGCAAGGGCGGGGCUCACAGCGAUUUGAUGUUAUGUACGGCAACAUCGAGACGGACCUCACCCUCUGCCUCACAGGCACGCCGACACACAUACACACACACCCAUGCACAUCACUUACCUGACCAUGCUGUUCUGCAUGCCAUCCUGCAGGCACCCCGAUCCAGAAUGAGGUCAAGGAGGUGUAUCCGCUGCUGGCCCUCUGCGACCCUUCCCGCUUCAUAUACGGCAAGGCCUCACACGAGCCAUUCGGGUCACACAUGAAAGACGACACAUCCCAACCGCCACCAGCAUCAGCAGCAGCAGCAGCAUCAGGCGAGGGUGACAGCCAGGCGGACAACGAGACGCCAGCUGAGGAGACCCAGACACAGCAGAGGGAGUCUGCCGGUGGCGAUGAGGGCGAGGGUGAUGGUGGUGGAGGUGCAGGUGGUGGUGGUGGGAAGUGGCCCGAGUGGCUGUCGGGCGAGACCCCCAAGGAGCGGCAGGAGCGACUGCGGCAGGCCGAACAGCAGGACGCUGUCGUGCAGCAGAUGAUCGAUUCCAACGCUCGAUGGUAAGCGCCGACAAACAGACACCACACCGCACAUGGGCAUUGAUUGCAUCGGUACAUGUGAAAUGGCCCCAUCCGAUGAUCCAUUUCAGGACACAUGAUGAGUUUGAGGCGCACUUCGGCGGCAGGAGGGAGGAGUCUGCCGCCAAGCAGCUGUCGCUAUACCCGUAAGCAAACCUCCGUCCAAGCCACGUCCCUUCGUGUGCAUCUGUCUCUCUCCGUAUGUGUGUGUGUGAUGUGUCGAUCAGGCACCGGAGCAAGCAGAUCAUGCAGAUCCUGCAGCCAUACCUACUCAGGCGGUACGCACACACACAGCACGCGUGACAAAUGUCGAUCCGUCUUCUUUGAUUCGUGGAAUGCAAUGCGAUUGGGUGUGGCCAUUAUCACUCAAAAAAGUGAGAAGGGCGAUGUGCUCAAGAAGCUCAAACCCAAGCAGGUGAGUGACCGAGCUGCUUCGUUUGCAUUCGUGUGUCCGGUCAUUCUGUGCUGUGUUUUGUCUAGGUGAAGUUCGUCCAGCUGGAGCCCACCCCUCUGCAGACCAAGAUCGAGGGCGCCAUCUUCCUUGGGUGGGCAAAUACAUAUCUUAAGAGAGAGAAGAAUCCAGGGGGGGAAGGAACACACUCACUCACUCACGAGAGUGUAUGUGUGUGGAUGCAAUGGAUGGAUGGAUGGAUGCAGUCACGGUCCCUUCAAGGACAAGUCGAUGAGGAGGAUGUUCCUGCUGCGUUACAACUGCAACCACCCACUGCUGCUCACUGACCAGAACCCACGGAAACAGGUAUCAAUGGAUCGAUGCUCACUUCCCUCCCGCCCCGCACCGCCCUCACACGUACUCUCAUCCGUCGGAUGUUCGUGCACCCUCCGUCCUUGCCGGCCUGCAUCGAUUCAUCAGGGCAAGCGUGAGAUCAAGGAGAAGUGGCUGUAUGAGUCCCAUGAGGACUGCAAGCGCCGGCCCGGCGAGAAGUACGAGGACCACAGGUGGGUACCCUACGCCCAGCAUCCAUGAAGGAACUUGCCGCUCCUUGGUGUGUGUAUGUGUGUGUACUGACUGCAUUUGUAUGUGGUAUGUCUUGACAACGCAGGCUCCGGCUGUUAGACACGUGUAGCACCAAGUUUGUCUUCCUGGCCAAGCUGUUCCCGAAGCUCAUAGCCGAGAACCGCAAGAUCCUGGUCUUCACAGAGUUCCUCAACGUAGGUAUCCCAUCCCAUCCCAUACACACGUGGAUGGAUGGAUGCACCACCGAAGGGAGAAUGGGUGUGUACUCUUGAUGUGUGUAUCCAUCAGACGUGUGAUCUGUUGGAGGAGUGGUUCCUCCGGCACGAGUGGCCGUACGAGCGGCUCGACGGCUCUGUCACAGACGACAGACAACUCAGGAUCGACCGGUACUUAUCCCCCUCACACAUACACACAUAUACACACACAUGCGUACCUACGUGCCCCUCUGCUCUGUGUGCGCGCCAGGUUCAACGUGUUCCACGGGUUUUGCAUCUUCCUAUCGACGACGAGGGCGGGGGGGCAGGGCAUCAACCUGACCUCAGCCACGUGUGUGGUGCACUUCGACCCCCAGUUCAACCCGCAGCAGGACAUGCAGGCACAGGCACGCUGCCACCGUAUCGGGCAGAAGAACACCGUGGAGGUCUUCACACUGUGCAUGAAGGGCGGCGCUAACAUGGUAAUAAGGUGGCCGGCCACACGCACACACACGGGGACAUGGCGAGAAGCUGACAGAAUGAUGUGUGUGGUUGGUUUGUCUGUGUGUGCCAUGUCAUGUCAGCCUUCGUUUGAGGAGCGGAUUAUCUACAAGAUGCAGAGCCGCAAGUUGGGUUUGGAGAAGGUCAUCAUGGAGGGCGACGAAGCAGGCUUCACGGCACAGGAGCAGCAGAAGCUCCUCGACGAGGGCCUCUACGCCCUCAUGCACGAGAAGAAACAGGAGCAGGAGGCACAGGAAGAGCGGCUCAAACAGUUUCACCAGGUGGGGUGGGUACCCGGGGUCGAUAGCCAGACACACCUCAACGGGCGGGCGGCUGGGAUGUAUCCAUUCCAUGUGCCUACGUCUUUCUCUGUGUCUCUGUGUGUGUGCGUGUGUGUCUGUGCUGCAGGCUAGCAUCGAGGACAUCAUUGUCAACAGCUCCAAGACCAUCACACUCAGGGAGAAGAAGACGGGCGGACAGACAUACUUCAGCACGGUACGCUACCAUUUCCCACAGGCCACUGAUUCAUUCAUGUGUGUGUGUGUCUUUGUGUGUGUGUCUGUCUGUGUGUCAGGCCCACUUCAUGCCCAACCCUGCUGGUGGCGAUCGAGGUGUCCGUGAGAACAUGCCGGAUGAGGUGAGGGACCUGCUGCUCAGGCGGGGCGGCGCCAAGAAGGACCAGGCCUGGAAGAACCGGGCAGCUCAGGUCCUCGGCCUGCGACCCGAGGAGGCACCCAAGUCACUGAAAAGGUACACAUGCCAUCCAGAAGACAGGAGGGCUCCUAGAGUACUGUGUAUUUGGCUGUGUGCAGGCAGGACCGCCGCGCUCGUUUGGCCAAGUCCCGUUUGGAGCGCGAGGAGGCGGAGAGGGUGCGGCUGUCGGGUGGGAGUCGGCCGUCCAAGCCGAUGACCGACGAUGAACAGGAAGACAAGAGCGAUGAUGAUGAUAACUAUGUAAGCAUCCACCUGUCUGGGAAAGGGGCGGUGUCCAUCCUGACGUUUCGUGUGUGGAUGUUUGUGUGUGUGUGUGUGUGUGCAGAGGGAGGAUGAGACGGACGAGGAUGACGACGACGAUGAUGAGGACAGUGAGGGCGAGGGCAAGCUCAGGCCGCGCAAGAAGAGAGCCAAGAUGGCCGCUGCCGCUGCGGCCUCCGUUGCUGGGGCUGGUGGGGCCGCGGUCGACCUGACAGGCGACCUCGAUCGCCAGACCAUCAUCCGAGUCCUCUGCAGAUUCCUCAAGUAUGCGUGUACAGACCUGCACAACACAUUGGACUCAAAUGACCGCUGUAUUUGCGCAGCUUUGUCAAGCUAGUGCUGCCAUCGGAGCCAGGCCUGCAAGCCAAGCAGGAGGACACCGAGGUAUCCACUGCAUCCCUCACAGCCAGCAAGCCAACAGCACCAGCGGGGGAAGAACGGAAAGUAGGAUUGUCGUAUGUGUGUGUGCGUGUGUGUGUGUGACAGGGUGGCCGUCUGCGGCUGUGUGGGUUUCCUGACAGCAGUGACAUCUGCAACCUGGGGGCCAACAAAGAGGACCAGCUGGAGGCCCUCGUCAUCCAGUGCAGCCGCGACGCCGACCAGCAAUUCCACGCCGAGAUGCAGACCCCUCUGGGGCAGCACACACAGGGCCGCAGCCUGUUCGUGCAACUCAUCCGCAAUGCAUUCCCAGGUACCCACAAAGACCACACAGGUGCCCGCCUCUGCCUGCGGAACUGUCGGACAUUUGUGCUGACGUAUGUGCGUCCGUGUAGGGUGUCUCCGGUUCACGCUGCCUGAUGACGGCGAGCCGGUGGCUCCGCGGUAUGCUGGCGGUGCUAGCGUGAUGGAGAAGCUGGCGGUGCUGCUGUCGGAGGUGGCCGACCCCGAUGACGAGAGGAAGCGUACACCGAACCAGCUGCGGCUCCUCACUGUUGACCCACUCGCCCUCAAGUAGGGCGGGACACACAGACGGACGCAGAUCAGAUGGAUCAACACUUGGGCCUGGGCAUACCUGUCUGUCUGUCUGUCUGUCCGUCUGUGUGUCAGCCGUCCGUUUGGUGGUCGUCGCACGGACACGCUGCAGAUGUUGUUGGUCAAGUUUCUGGUGUACCACUGGAACCUACACCGUAGACGCUCAGCGGUACGUAUGAGUGGCAGCGCAGCAUACCUGAAUAGCGGAGAGGUGGUUAGCACAGCACAGCACGCCUCUCCUCUCCUGUGUGUGUUGUGCGGUGCGGUGUUUGCCACCCAGACGUCUGAUGUGCGUUGGGAGUCUUGUAUGGAGGACCAGAGUGCCGCAUGGGGCAAGAUACUCAAGGUGAGACAGACGCUUGGCUUGAUAUGGCUGGGCGUGGCGUGGAUUGGGCUGUCGACUCGACACCCACACUUGAAUGGCAUGGCCGUGUGUGUGUGUGUGUGGUAUGGAUGCGUGCACUGCAGGUGGUCAAGGAGUUCUAUCGGAUGACGAGAUACGGCAGGAUCAUGUCCAAAGCACAGGACAUCAAAGCCCUGUACACACACACACGCACACACACAUAGACAAGCCCAGCAACACAACCAAUGGCCUGCCACGCGCAUUUCUUGAGACCUCUCAUUUCCAGGUACUUCAACUGGGUGGACUGGCGUUUCGAUCACAGUAGCGACUUCAGCUUGGCGGAACUCAGCACGAUCAAGCGCGUCCUUCCUGACAAGGUACGUGCACACCGACCACCCCUCUCUACACCGUCUCCUAUAUGUCAUGUGUGCGUGGAUGUUGCAGGACUACCUCCGCGAUUGUCGCAGUGAGCAGGUGCACAAGGUGGCCAAGGACAUCAUCCACCACUUCCCCGGCCGCACACUGCGGCAUGUGGCUGACCAGCUGGGCACCCUGCGAAGCCAGCUCAGGCGCGAACAGAUCAACCGAGAACUCGAAGCUGGGCGACCCCCCGACGACCACCGACAGCCACAGGUGGGUGGGGCGGGUGAUAUGGAUACACACAGCACACGAAAGGGCAUACAAAGAUACACCUGCCCAACCAACCCGCACGUCAUGUGUGUGGGUGUCGGCCGACAGGCGUAUGAUCGAGAGGCCGAGCGGGAGGCCGAGCGGCUGCGGUGUCUUGCGCAACUCAAACAGCAGGCCGGACAACACCAGCUGCCCAAACUAGCACCACCAGCACCACCACCAGCACCACCACCAGCAGCUGCUGCUGCUGCUGCUGCUGCUGUUUCUGGUGGUGUGGCGCCUUCGAUAGUGGCAGGUGGGCCUGCGGGUCGGUCUGAUGGCCGCGCCGCACACUUGUGCAGGAAGCUGCAGACCAAAAUAGAGCAGUUCCUCAAGAAGGUCUAGUUCCGCGCACAGUGGCGGGUUGGAUUUAGCUGCACUGCAUAGGGGACACUUCUCUAUGCACGGUUGAUGAAAC